AUGGACGUGGUUAUUCAGACCCUGCAGCCCUUUGAUAAUAUGGGGGAUGGGAGUGAAUUCAGCCCGGCGUGUGCAGACCCAGCCACCUGUAAACAGGUGUCUCUGGACAGGUCUGUGCACAUGCAGGAACCUGUUACGUUUGAGGAUGUGAGUGUGGACUUCACAGAGGCAGAAUGGAAGACCCUGAGCUCCGAGCAGAAGAACCUGUACAAAGAAGUGAUGCUGGAGAUGUUUGGGAAUCUUCUGUCCUUAGCAGAACCAAAGCUACAGACCUCUGCCUGUUCCUCUUGCCUUCUGGCUUUCUGCUGUCAGCAGUUCCUCAGCCAACAUGUUCUACAGAUCUUCCCAGGCUUCUGUGCAGGACAUCACGUCCACCAAGGAAAGUCCCUACCAGGUCCUCAGAUCCAGCAAGAUGGAGGGACAAGGGAGAUACUGACUUCAAAAAGAUUUCCCAGACCACCCAGGACACAAGCUGCCAUCUCUCAAGAAGACAACACCAGACUUGGCCUAGAGCCCACCUUUGUCCAAAGGGUAAACUUUGUGGAGGCAGGGCCAAGGUGGAAGAAAUUAGAAUCCGCAAGAUUUGAAGGAAUCAGGUAUGGAGAAGAAGCUCCAGACCAUGAACUAAGAUUAGACUUCACCACAAACCUGAGGCCUCUAUUCCUGGAGAAGCCACACAUUUUCAUGGAGUGUGGGAAGGGGUUUACCCAACACUCCACCCUCAACACACAGCAGAACACACACUUAGGGGAGAAGAUUUAUAUUUGCAAAGAGUGUGGUAAAGGUUUUAGACACAAGUCACAUCUCAUCACACACCAGAGGACACACUCAGGAGUAAAGCCUUAUGCUUGCCAAGAGUGUGGGAGAGCCUUUACCCAGAAGUCACAUCUCAUCAAACAUCAGAGGACACACUCGGGGGAGAAGCCUUAUGUUUGCAAAGAGUGUUUGCGAAGCUUUGCGCAGAGAUCAAGCCUCAUAAGACACCAGAGCACACACUCAGGGGUGAAGCCUUUUGUUUGCAAUGAGUGUAUGCAAGAUUUUGCCCAUAAAUCAAGUCUCGUAAGACACCAGAGGACACACUCCAGGGAGAAGCCUUAUGUUUGUGAGGAGUGUGGGCGAGGGUUUACCCAGAAGUACCAUCUAAUCACACACAAGCGGACACACUCAGGGGAGAAACCUUAUGUUUGCCCUGAGUGUGGGCGACGCUUUACUCAGAAGUUCCAUCUCAUCACACACCAGAGGACACACUCGGGGGAGAAGCCAUAUGUUUGCAAGGUGGAGUGUAUGCAAAGCUUUCCUGAGAAGUCAGAUCUGGUAAGACACCAGAGAACACACUCAAAUGAGAGGCCUUAUGUUUGCAAGGAGUGCGGGCAAAGCUUUACCCAGAAGUCAAUUCUCGUCCUCCACGGGAGGACACAUUCAGGGGAGAAGCCUUAUGUUUGCAAGGAGUGUAUGCAAGGCUUUGCCCUUAAAUCAAAUUUCAUACGACACCAGAGGAUGCAUACAGGGUUGAAGCCUUAUGUUUGCAAGGAGUGUAUGCGAGGCUUUACCCGGAAGUCAAAUCUUAUCACACAUCAAAGCACACACUCAGGAGUGAAGCCUUAUGUUUGCAAGGAGUGUAUGGUAGGAUUUAGCCAGAAGUCAAAUCUUAUUAUACACCAGAGGACACAUUCAGGGGAGAAGCCUUAUGUUUGCAAGGAGUGUACGCAAUGCUUUUCGCAGAAGUCAAAUCUCAAGGCCCACCAGAGGACACACUCAGGGGAAAAGCCUUAUGUUUGCAAGGAGUGUAUGCAAAGCUUUACCCAUAAGUCAGGUCUCGUCAGACACCAGAGGACACAUACAGGGGUGAAAGUGUAUGUUUUCAAGGAGUGUCGGUCCCUAAUCCACCUCAAGGUGGACGUCGGGGGUCAGCAGCCCCUUUGUGACGGGGGUCGGGCCCCUCCCGCGGCCGAGGCCUGGAUGGGCGGGCGCAGCCCUGGCGGCUCCGGGGCCUCGAUUCCCUCUCCCCGCGGGGACGGGGCGCCCAGGGGAGGGGGUGUCCCCCCGCAUCGCGGCCCGAGGUGGAGGGGUCCGGAGGGGGCGAGGCCUGCGCUGCUGGGAGGGGAGGAGGCGGGGCCUGCGGCGGCUGCCGUGUGUGUGAAGGAAAUCGGGGAGACGCCGCCGGGGGUCCUGGGGUCCCGGGCCCCGCGCCACCCUGCCUUCCCCACCUGCGUCUAG